AAAAGGGAAAGAAAGCCAAAUCCCAAAACAUUCGGCAGCCGCAUAGAAAAUUUCCAUUUUACACAGGAAAAGCUUGGAAAAGUGUCUCAAUGGCUGAUGUUCUGGACAUAGACAAUGCAGAGGACUUUGAGGAUGAUGAUGGAGACCAGGGCAUUGUGAGGCUGAAAGAAAAGGCUAGGAAGAGGAAAGGACGUGGAUUUGGCAAUGAGAGCUCUUCCCGGCAGCCUAUUCACGACUACGAGAGCGUCCGGAUAGAGGAUGACGAUGAACUUGAUCCGGGACCACAGAGAUCUGUCGAAGGGUGGAUCCUCUUUGUCACAUCGAUCCACGAGGAGGCUCAGGAGGAUGAUAUUCAGGAGAAAUUCAUCGAGUACGGAGACAUCAAGAACAUUCACCUGAAUCUCGAUCGACGUACGGGAUUCCUCAAAGGCUACGCCCUCGUUGAGUAUGAGACCUUCAAGCAGGCUCUGGCCGCCAAGGAAGCCCUCAAUGGCUCAGAUAUCCUCGGGCAGACAAUCUCCGUGGACUGGUGCUUCGUAAAAGGCCCCAAAAGGACCAAGAAAGCCGAAAGGAAGCGCAGAUAGAUCCAAAACGGGGGCCCUGGACCCUGGGGAGAGAAUCUGUACUAAAAAAAAGGACGAAUAAAUGAUAAAAGAUGAUUUCUGCAUAGUUUUUCUUUUCCUUUAUUCCAAUUCUCUCCUCACAGAAGCUUUUUUUUUUCUUCAAAGAUCAACAAGAAACCCAGAAAAGAAUUUGAGUCUGCCAGAGUUUUCCGGACACCAACACAAAAAAAACUAUGCGCAUUUUUUAUGAAUCAAAUCAUUUUUUAAUUAUUAAUUUUCGGAAAUCUAAUAUUUCUUUUUUUUUGUGGAAAAAUUUACAUAAAAACAGAA